AUGCCGGACUUCACCAACAAAGUCGUAAUCAUUACCGGCGCCAACUCACCCCUCGGCAUCGGCCUCGCAACCGCCCACGAACUCGCCGCCGGCUCCGCAAAAGCGAUCUACAUCUGUGACCUCUCAACCGACCAUCUCGAGAACAAUGCGGCCGAGCUUCGAAAGGCGCAUCCCAAGACGGAUAUCAUUGUCAAGAGCUUCGAUGCAGGAGAUGAAGAAGCACUGAAGGCCGUUAUCAAUGAGGCAAUGUCGACCUACUCCCGCCUCGACAUCUUCUUCGCAAACGCUGGUAUCAUUGGCUCCCGUACCCCCCUCUCCACCACCACAACCCAAACCUUCUCCCAAGUCCUCCACACGAACACCACCUCCGUCUUCCUCGCCCUGAAACACGCUUCGGCAGCGAUGCUCCGCUCUCCCUCUCCCUCCACCGCCUCAUUCAUCGCCACUGCUUCAGUCGCCGGACUCCGUAACGGCGCUGGACCAAUGGCCUACUCAGCCUCGAAAGCCGCAGUAAUCAACAUCGUACAAAACGGUGCUUGGGAACUCGGCGGCACAGGAAUCCGGAUAAACGCAAUCUGCCCCGGCCUCAUCGAAACCGGCAUGACAAACGAGCUCUUCAUCCAGGCCCGGGAGAAAGGUCGACUAAGUCUUGUGGGACAACUGAACCCGUUGAGGAGGUAUGGUGUCGCGAAGGAGAUCGCGAAGGUUGUUGCGUUUUUGGCGAGUGAGGAGGCGGGUUAUGUUAAUGGGCAGGCUUGGGCAGUGGAUGGGGGGUUGUCGGCGAGUUUGCCGGUCAUUCCACCGAAGCCGAAGGUGAGGAAGGAGGGGUCGAAGUUGUAG